AUGCUAAAAUCAGCCGUAUUUUCGUCGGCGCGCUAUGAGAGCCCGGAGGAAGCGCGCGGAAAGUUCCGUGUCGACGCCAUAUGGGACUGCAACGCCCCGAAGUAUCGCGUCGCGUGCGGACAACUUCAUGUCACCAAGGCCACCAAAUACAUUGGAAUGACCCAACUGUUCGUCAUCGCUCUCUUCUCGAUCUCCCUUCUCUUCGCCUACACAUCCGCACUUCGACUGGAAGACACGACAGAAGGAACCAAGGAAUGGUCGAUCAACUAUUACAUGGCCCGUUACGUAUCCUCACUUCUCUCGGCUCUCACUCUUCAACUCGGCCUUGUACUCAUGAUGCUUCACGGAAUCCGCACCAACCGUCGCUCACUUCUCGUCCCAUACAUUGCAUUUGCAGCAAUUGCCUUGUUCUUGGCCAUCUUCCAAAUCUCACUCGACAUCAUUAACUUUGUCGACACCAAGUCCUAUCGGAAUUUGAGCAGCGAGAAUCCGGCCUCGGCCAUUCUUGUUCACUUCACCGGAGUCUUGGUUCAUGUCUGGUGCAUGAAGGUUGUCUGCAAGUGCUACUCGUUCUACGGAGAUAAGAAUGUCGCCGAAGCCAUCGGACAGCAACUUCAAUCCACAUCCGUCGCCUUCGCUGUCGAUUUCACCCGUCCACCACCAUACUCUCGUCUCCCAACUGAUGUUCAGCCACUCACCCAGGCCUAA